CUUUGAUAAAUGAAUAAACUGUCUACAUAGAUGUUUUUUGUUUUGUAAUAGCAGAUACAUCUUUAGCAAUUUAAUUUCUAGGUACAGUAUGCGUGUACAGGAUGAGUGUAAUGGUGAAAUUGUGACACGUCUGUUCUGUUGGUAUUAUCGAGCCUGGAGAGGUGUGGAGAACCUUUAAGGCUGGAAGGUAUAAUGGCAAAGCCAUACGAACCUUAGCCGCUCUUCACUGGGCAGGCUGCAGCCAGCAAUAUCAGCAGGGGCAGCACCAGUCUCAGAUACAAGAGCGAGCGCUAGAGAGCGAGACGGAGGGGAAAGGCGGGAGAGAGAGAGUGCUCCCUCCACGAUCCGAUGAUUACAGGGCAGCUGAGCAAGCCGCUGCUCUCCCUGCGCAGUGAGAUGAGCGUGGCGGAACUCCGGGCCGAGGACAAAGCGGCCACCCCAGAUAGCGAGCUCAACGACGAGUCCCUGCUCCUGUCCUCCGAGGCCAGGGACAGAGAGGACAUUCCCAACAAGCUCUAUGGAGCCCGUGAUGGCUCUGUCCAGUCUGAUACCAGCAGCAGCCCGUCAGAACAGAGUCAGCUGGGACAGUGUCACCCAGCCUACCCGGUGGGACCACAGUGUCUUUCUAUUCAGUCUCUGCUGGUGGCUCAGCAACUAGCCCAGCAGCUGGCCGGGGGGUCUCCAGGCCUGAACCAGCCCAUCCUCAUCCCCUUCAAUACAGGCGGCCACCUGGGAGGCCAGCAGGGGCUGGUGCUCUCGCUGCCCACGGCCAACAUUCAGGGCCUGAUGGCUGCAGCAGCCGCACAGGGCAUCAUGACCCUUCCCCUACAGAACCUGCAAGCUACCUCAUCCCUGAACUCCCAGCUUCAGCACCUGCAGCAGCUUCAACAGAUACAACAGCACCACCAGCAGCAACAACAGCACCAUCACCAACAACAGCAACACCAUCAGCAGCAUCAACACUCCCACAGCCACGUCCACAACCAGCUGUCGUCGCGGGGUCACAUGACCUCGCCCAGCCUACAGCCGUCCUCCGUCUCGGUCCCCUCCCCUGGCUCCGCCUCCUCCACCACCUCCAUGACCGGCUCGGGCCAACCCCCGCUGUCUCCGCCGCUCAGGCAGAACCAAUCACCGGCCCGAAGCCUGCCCUCGCCCGUCACACCGCCCAUGCCACUGCAGUUGAACCCUCUGGCCAGCCAGGCUGCGGUGGCGGCAGCAGCAGCAGCUAUGGGCUCUAUGGCCGGAUCCCAGGUCUUUGGCAACACCCUCUCCAACCUGCAAGCUGGAGUCACGGGGCAACUGGUCACUAAUGCACAAGGACAGAUAAUUGGAACGAUCCCACUUAUGCCCAACUCUGGGGGGCCCUCGAGCCAAUCAGGGGGCGUAAACCCAGCGCUGCAGGUCCAGCCAAUUACACCCCAGCUUCUGACCAACGCCCAGGGCCAGAUCAUCGCCACGGUGAUCGGCAAUCAAAUCCUGCCUGUCAUCAACACCCAGGGAAUCACACUGUCACCAAUCAAGCCUGGACAGCAGCUGCCUCAGGCUCAGCAUGUUCAGACAGGCCCAUUGUCGUCUCAGCCCAACCUGCUCCACAUGCCCCACAGCCAGAGUCCUCUCCGCCAGGCCUCUUCCUCCUCCUCGUCCUCAUCUUCCUCCUCUGCCCUCAGCGUGGGUCAGCUGGUCAGCAACCCCCAGACGGCCGCCAGCGAAGUGGAUGGGGUCAACCUGGAGGAGAUUCGGGAGUUCGCCAAAGCGUUCAAAAUCCGCCGCUUGUCCCUGGGGCUGACCCAGACGCAGGUGGGACAGGCGCUCAGCGCGGCCGAGGGCCCGGCCUAUAGUCAGUCUGCCAUCUGCAGACACACCAUCCUGAGAAGCCACUUUUUCCUACCACAGGAAGCCCAAGAAAACCCUAUAGGUAGCAGUCUGACAGGCAAACUGAACCCUGGCCUUUUAUAUCCUGCCAGGUUUGAGAAGUUGGACAUCACCCCAAAAAGCGCCCAGAAGAUUAAGCCGGUUCUGGAACGCUGGAUGGCCGAGGCCGAGGCCCGCCACCGGUCCGGCAUGCAGAACCUGACCGAGUUUAUCGGCAGUGAGCCCUCCAAAAAACGCAAGCGGAGGACCUCUUUCACCCCACAAGCGCUGGAGAUCCUCAACAGCCACUUUGAGAAGAACACGCACCCCUCUGGACAGGAAAUGACCGAGAUAGCCGAGAAACUGAACUAUGACCGCGAGGUGGUCCGCGUCUGGUUCUGCAACAAGAGGCAAGCGUUGAAAAACACAAUAAAGCGGUUGAAACAGCCCGGUGACCUGGACCUGGACCUGGACCUCGGCCCGACCGCGCCCAUGGACCCUCUCUCUGAUUCUCUGGAAGAGCUCCCUAAAUGAACGACCGAAACUAGAGGUAAAGAGGAAGGUUCAAACAACACGGUGGCUCAUGACCCAAAGUAGGAUGAAGACUGAAAGAACGUUCCUCUCCCUUUAUAAAGGCAACUGAAAGGACAGUUAUGAACAUUUGCAAACAAAAAUAAGUGUUGUCAGUGUGAUUACCACAGUUAUUUAAAUAUUUUGGCAAAAACCAAAUAUAAGGGAAAAAAUAUGUUCACAUUUGAGAGAAAACAUUACAAACCUACAGUGUGCUGUUUCAAAGCAAUCGAAUUCUGGCCUCAUAGACCAGAACAUUGUCCAAAUUUGGGUUCCCAUUAGGGAGAUUUUAGUAAAGAGAUCAUACCAAAAUCCAAGAUAAAAACACUAACUACUUACCAAAGUCUGUUGCAUCAGAAUACUAAGAAUAAUUUUUUAAGUGUAAAUGUGUUCUAAAUUUUUACAUUUGUACUGGCAAAAAAAUCUACGAUAUAUGUGUGAGGUUGGGUGUACAUUUUAUCUUUGUUUCACUUAAUUUGAUUUCCUGGGCUGAUAUGUAAAUAUCUACUAAAUACCGUCUUCAGAUUGAAAUCACAAUGUCAAAGUUCUCUUUGAAAGAUUUGUCGUGUAAAUGCAUUUUUGCUGUGAAACAAUGACAUUGUUGUUUUGUCUCAGAUUCCUUCUCAUCUGCAGCUAUUUUAAGUCACGGUGUUUUUACAGGUAACAACUUUUACAGGUAUUUAACAAUCAUUUUAUGAGAUUGUCUUAUGUUUUGUUGAUGAAGGACAAUACAACUUAAGGCUGUCCAAACAGUGUGGGUAUACUCAGUACCUUAACCAUAAAGGUUCUGUCUCUGUUCACCAAAAUAUAUAUAUGUCAUCCACGACGGAAGACGACGUCUUUUCAACCUUAUUUUCCUUUUGUGACAACUGUGACUUUUUUUUUUUUUUUAUACAUACAGAAACAUCCUGUCAAUUGUGUUAUUUCAGGCCUAGUGUUGUGUCAGGGAGAACUUCCCUCAAUGUUAUACUGUGUCAAGUGCUGUUGUAAAGUCAUUCUGUUGCCAAAGCCUGAUAGCCAAAGAACACAUUGCUUCAGCUCAAGGACUUGGGGAGAUUUUUUUUUUUUUUACCUUGGCCGAUUAAAAGUUUUAGUUAUUUUGAUGUGCUUAUACGUGUUCCCUUUUGUUCUUUUUUUCCCUGCGGGGUUUCUUUCAUACACUGAGUUCAACUACUUUACACAAAGGCCAACGGAAUGCCAAAUAAAAUGUUUACUUUCAAAAGAGAA